AUGGCGAAUGAUAAGCAGGCACCUCAAGAAGAUCUCACCAUGACUGACUCCAAGCAGUCUGCACCACCCAAGAAAAGCUACCCAUCCUUCUGGAAGGCGCUCAAGCAUCCCUCGCCAGACACGUCGGCCUUACCCCUACCCAACCCAUCGUUGGACCUAUUGACUGAGCAACAAAAAUCGACCUAUGACUUUAUUGUCAACACCCUGAGCUCCCCCGAUUUCGAACUACCAGUAACAGCAUCAGCGAGCAGCUCCCAAAAUGUCAAGGAAGACCCCCCAGUCGAGCCAGGACCACCAUUGUCGAACAAGCUGUCUCAAGCCGAGAGAUGUUAUUGCUCUCGAGAAGCAAUCCUUCGGGUCUGCAGAGCUACCAAAUGGGAUCAACACCGGGCCCUGAAAAGAUUGGUCGAUACUUUGGUUUGGAGAAGAGAAUUCGGGGUGGACCAGAUCGAUCACUGCGAGCUUUCGCAUGAGGCAGAGACGGGCAAACAAUUCACGCUGGGAUAUGACAACCACCAAAGGCCUAUACUCUACAUGUUCCCCUACCGACAAAACACCAAACCAUCGAUCAAUCAAAUCAAGCUACUCGUCUGGUAUCUGGAGAGAACCAUCGAUCUCAUGCCUCCUGGCGUCGAGACCUUGACGUUGAUCAUCGACUUUGGCACCUCUGAAAAAACUCGGAACUCAAACAGUCAACGGCUAGCACAAGCCAUUUGUAUCAACGUUCCAUGGGUCUUUUGGGGAUUUCUUAAGCUAUUGCGACCUUUCAUGGACCCGAAAACCUCCGAAAAAGUUGUAUUUGAUCCGACGGUCACCGAUCAUGUACCUGCCGAACAGCUACUGCAAGACGCCUUCAACGGUGCUCUUGAUUUUGACUACAAUCACGAGGUUUACUUCAAGUUGUUUGCCGAGUUGACAGCCAAUCGCAAGAGGAGGAUGUUGGCCAGAUAUGCUCGGUAUGGACAAGGGAUGAUCGGGAUGGGCGAAUAUGAGCUGCGCGGAGGCAAUCGUCCUGCCAAGGCCCGACGGGAACAGUCUAUCGGCACAACGUCUACCAUCGUAAGCUGUCAAACGAAUGAAUCAGCCGUCUCUUCGGCCGCCGCUGGGGGCACACACUCGUCUCCAACGAUCGCAGAUGGGCCAAGCCGCGGCUCGCCAGGCACGAUUGCUUCGAAAGACCCAAGCUCAUCGCACCAUUCAGAGGAUCUGGCGCUUCAAAGCGCGGGCGAGACCAUCGCAUCAAGACCUUUAUCGCCCCACUCAUUGUCCCCAUCAUCCGACGAACGCAACAAAAGCGUGGACCAAAGCAGAGCAGAGCCGCCAGGCUCGAAAGCCCGAUUCCUCUUCCGGCCGUUCCACUCCAAAUCAGCCAAGACAAACCGGGCUGCGAUGGAUCCUAGUGGUCCUUCACCCACGGCCUGUUCCUCUCCAUCGCUGGUCCAUUCGAGUAGAAACUCGUCCAUCUCGACCUCUCGCCCCUCGCCGAGCAACCCCAGACGACAAACAAUCAGCCAUCCUCAUCAGUUCCAGACCUUGAACGCCUUCGGCUCAGAUGAACAUGGCCGGCUUCUCCAACCCGAUCACAUGAGCUGUAGUCGCAGAAUCAGUCGGCUUUGGCUCUCCCAAGCCGCCGGAUGA